CAUCCUCCCACUUUCUCUGUGGCGCAUUUAUACAAUCUUGAGUGUUCUCGAGUUGACAGACAUGAAGCUGUUGAGCUGUUGUAUCGUGAUCAGUUCAAUUUUCUGUGCUGUGAGUGGAAAUCCCAUAUAUGUUGUUUGUCCUAGUGUCGUUGAACGGAGUGAGUGGAAUGCCAGUGAGGCAACAGAGGUCACUUUCCUCCAGCAUCCCGUGAAAGUUGCCAUCAUAUGUCACACGGUCACACCUGCGUGUACCUCUUUGGAUGCAUGCAAGCGUCGCGUCAAGAGCAUUCAGCGUUAUCAUCAGCGAGAGAAGCACUGGGGAGACAUUGCCUACAACUUCCUUAUUGGGAAUGACGGACGCGUGUAUGAGGGCAUCGGAUGGGAUUACGUGGGGCGUCAUACUAAAAACUUUAACGACAUAUCCAUUGGCAUAGCCUUCAUUGGCGACUUUACAGAAAAACUCCCCUCUGGCGCUGCCUUGGAGUCAGGAAAAAAUCUCUUAGCCUGUGGCCGAGAUAAGGGAUUCUUGGACGAUAACUACAGUCUCUUUGGCGCUCGAGAAGUGACAAAAACCGAGAGUCCGGGCAUGAAAUUGAAUGAGGAAAUUCAAAAUUGGCCCCACUGGAUGUCAGUGGGUCAGGAGCAAAUUAUCUUUCCACGAUAAGGACCACAAGAUUAAGUCUCGGGUCAGAGACACCCAAAGAUUUUAUCCACACAUACACGAAGACGCUCCGUGUGAAUUAGUAAUUUCCCUCAAGAUCACUCUGUAUGUACUAGGCGCAUGACAUAAAAUAUUU